CUCUCUCCAGUCACAUUAGAACAAACGGGCAGAGCAGAUACUUGGUGUUGCUGUGCUGUGCUGUGGAAUUUGUUAGAAAAAGAAAAAACAAUAAUAAAGCGUUUUGCUUUCAUUCCAAACAAAUAAGUGUAUGGAUAAGAAUAACUUGGACCCGGUUCAGCAUUGAAACGAUUUAACUGUAAUUAAUAUACGGAUAAAAAGAGGAAAUUAAUUUCUAGACGUGGUGAGAGCUGUGCUGGGCGUGAGAGGCGCAGCGAGGGAAAAGUUUUCCUUUCAUUUUUUGGUUGCGUAAAAGCAUAAGAACUAUGGAAGAUCUGACGAAGAAUAUUAUUUUCACUACCAAUGCCAUCAAUGGGCAACCGGCCACAAUACAAUAUCAGACAGCCGAUGGAACCAUACUGAAGCAACCCAAAAUCGAGGGUCAAAAAUCCGAUCAACCAACUUUCUAUUAUACGACAAAUGGCAAUGGUGGCACUGUAAAUCUGGCUCAAUUGGCCACCUCGGAUGACAAUAAAACAUGUUACAUUGCCCAACCUGUGGGAGGUUAUAAUUAUGCAUUAGUAAACGGGAUGCCACUGAAUCAGGGCACAGCUCUGGGCAUAGCCACUGUGGAUGCCCAGGGACGUAUACAGAUUGUGAAUCAAAAUAAACCCAUUGCGGCGAAUACCAUCUCCAAUAUAAGUUUCAAAUGCGAUGUCUGCUCGGAUAUGUUUCCACAUCUCGCCCUGCUUAAUGCCCACAAGCGUAUGCACGCCGAAGGAUCAGAUCCGCAGCAACAACAACAGCAGCAACAUAACUCCCAACAGGGCAACGAUUCCAUUGCUGUGGUCAAUGCCCAGGGUUUAGUUCAAUCCCAGCAGAAUAUUUUAUCAGGCAACGGCCAAAUGGGUCAACUGCAAAUAGUUCCCUCAGACGCAGCAUCAUUAGAGCAACAGCAGCAGCAGCAAGCGGUCAUGCAACAGCAGCAGCAGCAUGAUUCCAAGUCGAGUAAGUGUAUCAAUUGUGGUAGUGCCAUUUUGCAUCAAAAUAAACGAAAAGGACCCAAACAAGUGAGAUGCGAAUCCUGCAUGCAGGCAGAGCAAGCGGCUCAACAGCAAUUAUUUGUAUCACAAGAUGGGCAAAUGGCCCAUCCAGUGCAAAUCAUAUCAACCACACCUCAAGCUCAAGCUCAACUUCAGCAAAUUGUUGCCUCCCAAACAGGUGGCACAACGCCCAAACGAGAACCCGGCCAUCAUCCAGUGAAGAAACGUAACUCCCAGCAAAUGACCAAAUGCCAGAAAUGCAAUGGAUCCGGAGUCGUUCUAGUGGGUCAACAGCAUUCGCAUACGCAUGGCGGCGGACCCAGUGGGUCCAAACAUUCGAAUGUCACCGUGAAAACUGAGUGUUCGUCCUGCAGGAAUCCCACCAAACCCUUCAGUUGCAACAUAUGCGGUGGUCUCUUCUCACGUUACUCCAGUCUGUGGUCACACAAAAAGCUGCAUAGCGGCGAAAAGAAUUACAAAUGUAGCAUCUGCGGACUGGCAUUUGCCAAGGCUGUAUACCUUAAGAAUCAUGCCCGCAUCCAUACAGGCGAAAAGCCAUACAAAUGCCAAACCUGCGGCAUGCAGUUCUCUCAAUCGCCACAUUUGAAGAAUCACGAGCGCACACACAGCGGCGAGCGUCCCUAUGUGUGUGGUGUGUGUGACAAGGGAUUUGCCCGCCAUGCUACACUUUGGAAUCACCGACGUAUUCACACUGGCGAGAAGCCAUAUAAAUGCGAUAUAUGCGGAUCGGCAUUCUCGCAGGCAGCGCAUCUUAAGAACCACGCCAAGGUGCAUUCAGGCGAGAAGCCAUAUAAAUGCGAGAUUUGCUCAGCCGCAUUUGCCGAUCGUUUUGCGCUGAAACGCCAUCGUGGCAUUCAUCAAAAAUAUGGCCAGACGGCGCCCCGUCAAACCAGCACCGAUGGCAUGGUGGUGCACAAACAGGAGAUUCCCGAUAUGGAUGACGAUGCCCAGCAGGAGGUUAUUAUCGGUGGCUUAUAGAUAAGAGCAACGAAUGCCAGUGUCAAGGGACAGGGCGGGAGGAGGAGAAGUUCGGACGGCGAACAAACAGGAGCGACAGCGGCAGCUGGUGAAUAUCAUUCAAGAUCAGCAGCAGCGACAUAUGCUUCGCAUGCGUAUCCUGGCUACUAUUACCCACUGCCGCCGCAUCAUCCUCUGGCGCCACCAGCUACAUCUUCUUCCGAGCAGAGCACAGAAGCCUUCAAUUCAUCGGGCUACUGAGCGCACCCAUUAUUAUCAUCCAGCAUCCACUACCAACUAGACAUCGCAUAGGAAUUAUCAUUAUAAUUUUGUUUAUCUUUUUUUUUUUUCCUUUCUGUAAUUUCAGUAGGCUCUACCGAAAAACGCUUUUUACGUUAAACAAACGAAUGAACCUAAUUUAUUUAAUAGUCUGUAAUAUAAAUUACAUAUAAACACACACACAC